AAUGGGGUUUGACAGGUGGGAGAGGAGAAGUUGAGGGUGUUGGACUUUUUUUUGGUUCUCUUAAGCAUCACAUCAUUCGCUACUCUUUCCACCUAUAAAGCUUGGUCUUCCCUUAGACAUUUUCCCCAACAAUCAGAGACAAAUUCCAUGAUCCUUUGCUCUUCGAUUGGAGCAAGAGGGCUUCGUAUAUUUACAUAUAUAGAAAGAGAGAGAGACACAGAGAUAGCACACAACACAAAUUAAGAGAUGGGUAGAGCUCCAUGCUGUGACAAGGCCAACGUGAAGAAGGGUCCAUGGUCUCCUGAAGAAGAUGCAAAGCUCAAGGAUUACAUUGAGAAGUAUGGUACUGGUGGCAACUGGAUCGCUCUUCCCCAGAAGAUUGGGCUUAAGAGAUGUGGAAAGAGUUGUAGACUGAGAUGGCUGAAUUACUUGAGGCCUAACAUCAAGCAUGGUGGAUUCUCUGAAGAAGAAGACAACCUCAUCUGCAGUCUCUAUAUAAGUAUUGGGAGCAGGUGGUCCAUAAUUGCCGCUCAAUUGCCCGGGAGAACUGAUAAUGAUAUCAAAAACUACUGGAACACUAGGCUGAAGAAGAAGCUGCUAGGAAGACGGAAGCAGUCCAACACAAACCCUAAAUCAGCACCAAAUCAUGAGGAUCCAAAAGAUACGAACGAGCAAGAUAACUCGAGUUCAUCAUCCUUAAGUCCCACAGCUUUAGAAAGGCUUCAGCUCCAUUUGCAGCUUCAAUGCUUCCAGAACCCUUUGUCUUUCUACAACAAUCCUGCACUGUGGCCCAAGAUGCAUCCCCUCCAAGAAAAGAUGAUCCAAAGCCUCCAACUCCUGAAAGAAAGCUCAAAUCCUUUGUUGCCUCGUCAACUGGGACAAGAAUUCCCAGUAACAACCAGCUUAAAAAGGGAUCAAAUAGAGAAUAAUUUUAUGAAUGGCAUGUCAUCUAAUUCGGAAAGUUCCAUCGCCUUCAGUACUGGAACCAAUCUGCUGAACUCAUCCAUCAAUGUGACAAACUCAGAUGCAAUGGAGUAUGCAGGAUUAUCUCAGCCAGUUUCAACUUUUCAAGCUGAGCUUGAUGCCUUUCUUGGCAACAAACCAAUUGGGUUUUCACCGCAGCAGGAUCUAAUAGUCGAAGACUUUGAUUGUUUUAAAGAGAUGGAUAGUUCGAAGGACGGCUUGAUUUGGUGGUCCAAUGAGCCUGACCCAAAAUCAGCUUCCCCAAGUUCUUGGAAUUCUUCUUCUGCCCUUCACUCCGAGGGGAUGUAUCAGGGUUAUGGAUUAGGCUACAGCCUAGAGUAAUGAAUGGCAUUAAUGUUUUUAUAAAAUUGUAUUCAGGGAGGAGGAGGUGCUGAUCAGAACUGGAGAUAUAUAUAGAGGUUGUGAAUAUUUAUAUAUAUAUAUAUAAUAAUGUUAUCUUCUUUAU